AUGAUAGCGUUUACCGUGUACAAGUCGUCCAAGUACCUCUUCGAUUGUGUGAGCGCUACGGAUGUCACACAGUCGCAAUCUUGUAUGACUGUAAAUAUAGAUGUGUUUGAAGCACUUCAACUUAAUGCAGUGGACGUUGUCAAGCGCAUGGAUUACGUGGAAGUCGACAAACUGAUUGCAUCUUGUCGAGAGCAUCCUCCGCAGACUAUUGUGAUGCCAGCAACACAUGGUGACAUUGCACCGUUUCAGAAGUUUGUAAAGUACUUGAAAGCUCGAAAACGAGCUGGUGUAGUUCUACUUGCAGAUGGACGUCUUUUGAUACUGAUGCCGCUGGAAAAUGAUGACUCGCGGCUUCGCUGUGUGGUUGUAAAUGCAACACCUCCUACGGAGAAUUCCGCUGGGUUGCCAUCUCAUGUAACGACCAUUCGGAUCGAUGAAGCAGCAGCUGGUCCGGCUUUGCAGAGAGAGCCACAGGUUCAGUCUGCUAAUGCUAUGCUUCCACCACUGCACGAACAAAAGAGGGAUAAACGUCGACGUGCUCGAGCUCGACCCAAUAACCGCACACGCUCUCAGCAGGAAGAUGUUGAUGAUACAACACCUCAAGACUCUGUGACUGAACAGUUCCGACAUAUUCAGGCUGAAGUUGCAGCGCCGACAUUUACGCCUAAUAAGGAAGUGACUAUGUUGCACAGCUUACCACGGCUUGAAAGGGCAACGCGAAUUGCUCAACUUCGGCAAGAAUACGAGGCUUUCCACAAAUAUCACUACGAUGUAUUGCAGGGAUGGAGUAGAUCCAAUUUUAAUUAG